AUGUUGAGAAAGGAGCCUGAAUUAUGCACCUUAUGCCGAGAAAUUAAUCUAGAGGACCUCAAAAGCGACCAUGGAUUUCUCCAUCAUUCAACCUGCGAUUCACUCGUCCAAAGUGCGCACACUUGCGAUCUAUGCAAGUCUAUUACGAAUUUAUUUAUACGAAGCAUUCACAUGUAUCGAAGUAUUAUCCAUCCAAUUCGAAGUAUCUAUGACUGCAGUCGUCUGGGCCCUAUAGCUUUGCAUGCUGCGUGCCGAGAUUUAGACUCUGAUAGGUCUUCGUGGGCACGUAUACCAGGGCCUGUCUUGAGUAGCAAGCUAUCAUUGCAAGUGGCAGUUACAUUAGGGCCUACUGGAGACCGAGUAUUCUAUGGCGCGGGGUACCCAACUUUGUCAAUGUUUUGUGAUCCAGGGUCGAUCGCUGAGGGGUUGGGUGUUGUAGGGCUAUCC